ACCUUAACAAGGUCAGAGACAGGAGAGAGGUAAAGAGAGACUGACACCUCAGCCUCCACCAGUCCUCCACUGUGAAUUCCACAGCUGCUUUUUCUCCAGGUUUAAACAAAGGUCAGCUGUAGCUGUACAUUGGGAUGUCGGCAAUGCACUGGGAGGCCAGACGGCGUCAGAGUGCUGUGGACCGCAGGAUGACCAGAGACAAACAACAGCUGCUGCAGAGGGAUUCUGAGACCAGCUGCAAUGCAACAGAGUCAAACACAACACAGGAGCAAACAGUUGGAGGCCAGUGUCCCCACUGUAAGGGCAACCUGAAGACACAAGUCCAUCACAGUGCCAAGGUCCCCAACAGAUACUCAGUGAGUAUGAUGAAUCAGCUUCUAGUUGCACGAUCACCUAUCUUAGGAGAGAACAACUUGCUUGUAAAAGCAGAGCAUGUUUUUGAGUAUUUUCAGAGGAGUAAUGCCUGUUUAUCUCACAGUCUUUACAGUAUGCCCAGCAGUGGUGAAGACGAGGAGAAAGAUCACUGUUCUCUGAUAACCACACUGGAUUACCGGACCAUGUUUGGAGGCUCUGAAUCUUAUAAUUAGUAGAUAUGGAGUCCACAUGUUUAGAUAAAAUAUAUGGCAAAGUAAGUACAGACUAUCAGACUGACCAGUUUACAGCACUGAAACUGGCUCCCUCCCCUACUGUAUUACGCAUGAGUUCUCUUUCAUUAAAUAUGUGAACCUCAGAAACCAGAUCAUUCAAACUACUUGCAGUGGUAAACUGUUCCAUGCAGCAUCUGAUAAAGUCUUACAAAACAAAUAUCUAGGGAAAUCAUAAUUGUAUCACCAUGCCGUCAAGCAUGCAGACUACCAAAUUUCUCCAGUAACAGUAACAUAAGGCAUCUUGUUCAAAUUACUAUCUUAUGUACUGCCAGCUCUACUAAUGAAAGCUGCAGCCCUAAAAGGUCCUCACAUUUGAUUUUCUAUAGUGUACCUACUGUAUGUCAACUAUGUCUUGGUCUUGAGUAUUAAAGGACCACAACAGAAAUUAGGUAUUCAUUUAACUUUAUUGUGUUAUCCAAGGCAUUUUAAUUUAAUACGUGUUUGGUGUAAUGUAUGUUUGACCUUUUAAGAUGUCAAAUAAAUAAUAAAAAUAAUGCUACGUACUGCUUCUAGGUGAAGGCAGAAUAAAACAACUUAUCCCAUGAUUUCAUUUGUUUGUAUUUUCAACAUGGCUGCACCAGUCUGACAAAACUGUGGUGCAGUUUUCACUAACUUAACUUACGUACUUGUAUUACAACAAAUAUACUGUAACCUACUUUUUCAGCUCAUGAAACUAGAAUCC